AAAUCCUUCACAACAUCUGGAUCUUUAAAAAUUCAUCAAAGAGUUCAAACUGGAGAGAAACCAUACAGCUGCGACCAAUGUGAGAAAACAUUUUUGCGCUGCAGUGCCCUCAAAGCCCAUCAACGCAUUCACAUUGAAGGGGAACUGUCCAGUUUUUUCCAAAGUGGGAAGGAUGUCACAGAGUCAGGGACCUCAAAAAAACAAGACAUUGACACAGCAGAGAAACCGUUUAACUGUGAUCAAUGUGAGAAAGCUUUCACCACUCUACGUAGCUUAAAAAGUCACCACUGUGUUCACACUGCAGAGAAGUCGCACUGCUGUGACCAAUGUGGGAAAACUUUUUCGCAGCGCACGUCCCUUGAAACUCACCAAAGAAUACACACAGGAGAGAAACCGUACAGCUGUGAUCAAUGUGGCAAAGCUUUCACACAGGCAGGUAACUUGAAAGCCCAUCAACGCAGUCACACAGGAGAGAAGCCAUACGGGUGCGACCAAUGUGGGAAAAAGUUUUCCCAAUUCGGAACCUUAAUAAAUCAUAAACAUAUUCACACCGGUGAGAAACAAUACAGGUGUGAUUUAUGUGGCAAAGCCUUUACACUGUCAGGGGCCUUAAAAGUCCACCAACGUAGUCACACAGGAGAGAAACCCUACAGCUGUGAUCAAUGUGGCAAAGCCUUUACACGGUCAGGGGCCUUAAAAGUCCACCAACGUAUUCACACAGGAGAGAAACCCUACAGCUGUGAUCAAUGUGGCAAAGCCUUUGCACGGUCACGGACCUUAAAAUUCCACCAACGUAUUCACACAGGAGAGAAAUCAUACAGCUGUGAUCAAUGUGGCAAAGCCUUUGCACUGUCACGGACCUUAAAAGUCCACCAACGUAUUCACACAGGAGAGAAACCGUACAGCUGUGAUCAAUGUGGCAAAGCCUUUGCACAUUCAGGGGCCUUAGAAUGCCACCAACGUAUUCACACAGGAGAGAAACCGUACUGGUGUGACCAAUGUGGAAGAUUGUUUGCCCGGUGCAGUAAUUUGAGAGCCCACCAAUGCCGGCAUGCAGGAGAGAACCCGUACAACUGUGACUAGUGUGAGAAAGCUUUUAUUGAACGGUAUGACCUAAAAAUCCACCGAUGUGUUCACACCAGAGAUAACCCGUCAUGAUGUGACCAAUGUUGGUAGUGACAUUAAAGCCCACAAAUGUGUUUACCCUGCAUUGUUUUGGACAUUUUCAGGGCCAGGCAAACAUCUUCCUACUGCUUCCUCCCCAUGCCCUGAUAGCUGUGAUAUCUUACUUUUGUCUUUGAUUAUUUUUAUCUGUUUUUUAUUUCAACUGUAACCCUAUGUUGGACCACCAGAUUCCUCCCUGUAGGACUCCCAUGUGUGAGAGCUGAUGUAGAGGCAGAUAAUGUAUUGUUCUAUAUCAAAUAUGAAAAUAAUGUCAGUUGCAAAAGGUCUUAGAAACAGUUGACCAGAUGUCAGAUUUCACAAUAGGAAGGUCUCCUUAUAAGAAGUUGUUUUUGAAUACUCUCGAGUUGUUGUACUUUGGAGUCACUGGGAAGGACUCCUUUUAAGGAGUUGUUUUUGUAAUGUUGAGUAGUUCUUGUACAAUCACAACCAACCUUCUACAACCAACAGAAAUAUGUCAACUACACAUUUGAAGUUCUUAAGCAAUUAGGUCAGCAACUGCAUGAAACCAGUGCCAUGGCGUGGUAGAAUAGGCAAGCUUUAAAUUGGAUUUUAACAGAAAUAGGGGGAGUAUGUAAAAUGUCCGGGACACUCUGUUGUACGUUUAUUUCGAAUAACACUUAGCCUGAUGGAACAUUUUCUGUUGCUAUGAGUAAGCUCGAAGCCUUAAAAUCUGAAAUGACUGAAAAUGCUGGUAAGAGUGGAAGAAUCAAGUGGGAUGGGUGAGAGGAAAUUUUUGGAAAAUGGGGAGCCGUUUUGGCUAAAACAGGGAUAAUUGUACUGAUAGUACUCAUUCUGUUUUCCUUAUUGACAUGUUGCAUCGUGCCUAUCCUGAAGAAAUGGUGUGAGAGAGCGAUGGACAAGAAGCUGAACCUUGUAACGGGCAUACAAGGAGCACAAAUGCUAAGUAUGCUAACCCCUGGACAAUUGGUGCGCAGAGUCCUUCUGGCGCAGAGGGGGGAGGAAAUACCAGAUUUAUUCCCAAUUCCUGAUUACAUAGACAAAUUCAAAUGAUGAGGAGGAACUGUGAGAGAGAGAGAUGAACAAUGGCUGAUACUCUUUCCUGGAAGAGAGGACGGGGAAUAUAUACACCACAACCACAUACAAGAUAUCACAUAAACAAGAGACUGUGAACAGCAUACUCCACCGCUCUGACACCAUUUUCUGUAUUCAUUUUUAUGUUUUGAUUUUACAAGAGGGAAAUGUACUCUGAUUUCAACUUAGCAAGUUAUGCAUAUUAUCCAAAAUGAUUUCUGUGAUUCCAUUAUAGUCUAAUAAGUAAGUUGCAUUUUAUCUGGUGUAUUUGAUCUAUGUGUUGAAAAUUCAUCUGUUAGGCCGCCUAACGGGAGGGGGCCGAUGGGGGACUUUUCCUGGAUUCAACAGCCGCCAGGUUUUUCGUAGAGAUGUACCGAGACCACUUUAUCCUUCCCGAUACCGAUUCCGAUCCCUGAACCAUAGGUAUCUGCCAAUACCAAGUACCGAUCCGAUCCCAGCGCGUAAUAUCUCAACUCCUAAACCUCUAUGUAAAAUAUUAAGAAAUAAAUACAUAAUAGUAGAAUGAAUGCCAUGAAACUUUUUUUUAUUAUUAUGACCUUAUCACCUUAUCAUAUUCAAGUUUAAGAGUUUCACACAAGACCACAUAUUCAUGUUAGUAAGGAACACUGGUUGUAUCCACAUUGCCAUAUAUCCUACUCAUACUUAUACAAACAUAGGCGUUCAUUUACCAUACAUUAUCUAUGCGAAUAAUUUAUGAUAAAAUCAUAAAGAGGAGGGUCUAUGUAGAGGCAGAUAAUGUAUUGUUCUAUAUCAAAUGUGAAAAUGAUGUCAGUUGCAAAAGGUCUUAGAAACAGUUGACCAGAUGUCAGAUUUCGCAAUAGGAAGGACUCCUUUUAGGAGUUGUUUUUGUAAUGUUGAGUAAUUGUUGUACAGUCAUUUCCAGGAAAUCAAACUGGGCAGAACGGUUAGGUCCCAGACCCAGGCACAUCUGCACAUGGACGCAUACACACACAUAGACACACACCUAGACACGAACGCACAUGGACACACACAUACACACACCCAGACACGUACGCACAUGGACGCACACACACAUACACACAUGCACACAAAAGAACAGACGCUCACUCACUCAGAUAGUAUAAAGGUUUUUGGAAGUUGUAUGAGCGGGGCUGUUUCUGCUGUGUCCGCUAUUUUCUACGACCUGUAUUGUUGAGUUGUACUUUGCAAUUAAAGCAAUCCCGCUGGCUGUAACUUUUCUCCGUGGUUCUCCAAGUCUCUUCAUUUCAGUGUUUGCUGAAGUUGAGCAAUUUCCGUACACUGACCACAAACUUUUAAAAAUCAAUCAUGCAACUGUCCGGGGCAAUGUUGCGGCUCACAAUGCAUUUCAUUUCAUUCAUUCAUUUUUAUUUUUACAGGAAAAGAUUAAAAAUAACAUAAUAUAGAUCAGUCACAAUUGAUCAGGCCUGACUCAGUUAAAACUGGUUUACAGCAGGUUCCUGUUCUGCAGCACAUAAAGAGAGAAACAUAUCACAAAAACAGUGACAUCUAACAAACACAUAAAAGCAAACAGUAACAUGAACAUAUAGAGAGGCAUGGACUUGAAUGAAGUACGCACAAAUUAUGGGUUAAGUCAGUGGUUGCAGAUGUAUCCUUCCAUCAGGCAGUGUUUGUAUGCCUGUUUAAAAUGUAAAACAGAGGUUAUUACUCUAAUAGGAAAUGGGAUCUCAUUCAAGAGUUUGGUAUAUGCAUGAAAAAAUGAUCUCUGACCAUAGCUAUUUUUACAGGCUGGUGCUGGGAUAUGUUCUUGGGAGACUGAUCUAGUGAUGCGUUAAUAGCCUGAUUAUUUGUGUAGUUCUGAAAGGUCAAGGCAUUCAAAUUUGAAAGUGCAGUACAUUGGUGAGUCCAGAGGGGAAAUUUGCCAUGGAUCUUAUAAACUCUAUUGUACAGUCUGGCUAUUGGUUCAGUAAUUUCUUUUGUGGUGAGGGACCAGAUUGGGAGACAGUAGGAUAUUGUUGAGAGAAUGACUGCAUGUAGAUACGUGCUGGAGAUAACGUUGGUAAGGUAUGGUCUGAUCUUGGUAUAUACAUUCAGUUUCUGGUUGAGUUUCUUUGUUAAAUAAUGAACAUGAUUACGGUAAGUGAGAUUGAAUCGAGAGAUACUCCAAGAUAAUUAUAGGUUUCUGUGAUGGAUAGGUUUUGAUUAGCAAAGUGGAUUGGGUCUAAGAUGAAUAUUGAUCUCUUGGGCGAGUGGAAGUACAUACAUUCCGUUUUCUUGACAUUGAUAGUUAAGUGGUUAGCAUUCAACCAGUCAUGUAGGAUACCAAGAUCAGAGCAGAGUUUAAAGUUUACAAUAUUAGGCUCUGUGUCAGAGAGAAA